UUCUAUUAGUAAAGUAAAGUACUAUUUCAGUUCAUAUAUUUGCUAAUUAGAAGCUUAAUUUGAGAGAAGAAGAAAAGAUGGUGAGCGUAGCUGAGAUCCGAAAGGCUCAAAGGGCAGAAGGUCCAGCUAACAUCCUUGCCAUUGGCACUGCAAAUCCACCAAACUGUGUUGAACAGAGCACCUAUCCCGAUUUCUACUUCAGAAUCACUAACAGCGAGCACAAGACCGAGCUCAAAGAGAAAUUCCAGCGCAUGUGUGACAAGUCUAUGAUCAAGAGGAGAUACAUGUACUUAACAGAAGAGAUCUUAAAGGAGAACCCAAACGUUUGUGCUUAUAUGGCACCUUCUUUGGAUGCAAGGCAAGACAUGGUGGUGGUAGAGGUACCAAGACUAGGAAAAGAGGCUGCAACCAAGGCCAUAAAAGAAUGGGGUCAGCCAAAGUCCAAGAUUACCCACUUAGUGGUCUGCACAACAAGUGGUGUAGACAUGCCAGGUGCUGAUUACCAACUCACUAAACUUCUAGGACUUCGCCCAUAUGUGAAGAGAUACAUGAUGUACCAACAAGGAUGCUUUGCUGGUGGCACGGUGCUUCGUUUGGCCAAAGACUUGGCUGAGAACAACAAAGGUGCUCGUGUCCUUGUUGUAUGCUCUGAGGUUACUGCUGUCACAUUCCGUGGUCCAAGUGACACUCACCUUGACAGCCUCGUUGGUCAAGCUUUGUUUGGGGAUGGAGCAGCUGCUAUCAUUGUUGGUUCUGACCCAAUUCCUGAAAUUGAGAAACCUUUGUUUGAGUUAGUUUGGACUGCACAAACAAUUGCUCCAGACAGUGAGGGAGCCAUUGAUGGUCACCUUCGUGAAGUUGGGCUAACAUUUCAUCUCCUUAAAGAUGUUCCUGGGAUUGUCUCAAAGAACAUUGAUAAGGCUUUGGUUGAGGCCUUCCAGCCAUUGAACAUCUCUGAUUAUAACUCCAUCUUUUGGAUUACACAUCCAGGUGGACCUGCAAUUUUAGAUCAGGUUGAGCAAAAGUUGGGCCUGAAACCUGAAAAGAUGAGAGCCACAAGAGAGGUGCUUAGUGAAUAUGGUAACAUGUCAAGUGCAUGCGUUCUGUUCAUUUUGGAUGAAAUGAGGAGGAAAUCCGUUAAAGAUGGACUUAAAACUACAGGUGAAGGGCUUGAAUGGGGCGUGCUCUUUGGCUUUGGACCCGGACUUACUAUUGAAACUGUUGUUCUGCGCAGUGUGACUAUCUAAAAUGCCUAAUUAUUUUAUUAAAUUACUAUGCAUUACUUUGCAAACUCGCUUAAUGGCUUUGUAGCAAAAAAAAAAGAACUCGUUGUGAGUUUGUUUGAAACUGAAUAAUAGCAAUGGUGUUGCAAUAUCUCUGACCAAAUU